GUCUCGGUGACAUCCGGGGCUCCCGCCUACUCCAGAUGAGGGCCGCACAUUAUUCCAACUUUCGGACUCCACCAGUUCAGCUAUAAAAGUCUUUGGCCUUCCCCCUUAAGUGGCCUUCACUCGACAACGAGCAGGCCUUCUUGAUCACCCCAGCCUUGCGCCUGACUUCUGACACCAAUCAAGUUUUGUAAUAUUUUGCUCAUUCAUAGGCUUCAGACGCAAUGGGUCUCAUGCUGAGGAAGCCCGAAGGCACACCAGGGAAAUCUUGGCCUGCCAUCUUGAUAGGGUUGUUCGUAGCAUUUGGUGGUGUUCUGUUUGGAUAUGAUACUGGUACAAUCAGCGGCAUUCUUGCCAUGAAGUACUGGGAUCGCGAGUUCUCCACUGGCUAUAAAGACAGUGAUGGCAAUCUCAAUAUCACAGCUUCACAGUCUGCCACGAUCGUCUCAAUUUUAUCGGCCGGAACAUUCUUCGGCGCCCUCACUGCCGCACCAAUUGCAGAUGCUAUUGGUCGCCGAUUUGGUCUCAUUUCCUCAACAUUAAUCUUUAUCUUUGGAGUCGUUCUGCAAACAGCGGCGACAGCUAUACCUCUCUUCGCCGCCGGCCGAUUCUUUGCUGGCUUUGGUGUUGGCUUGAUCUCUGCUAUGAUUCCCCUCUAUCAAUCCGAGACCGCUCCAAAGUGGAUCCGUGGAGUUAUCGUCGGCUCAUAUCAGUUGGCCAUUACUAUCGGGCUUCUACUUGCUUCAAUUGUCAAUAAUGCAACACACGAUCGGAACGACACAGGUUCAUAUCGCAUACCAAUUGCUGUUCAAUUCGCCUGGGCCAUUAUCCUUAUUAGUGGAAUGUUGAUUCUCCCCGAUACCCCUCGCUACAUGAUUAAAAGAAAUAACCUUGCUGCUGCUACCAAGGCACUCGCCAGAAUCAGGCGUCUUCCUGAGGCCGAUCCCGCUGUCACCGAAGAACUUGCCGAGAUUCAAGCAAAUCACGAAUACGAAUUAAGCCUAGGAAAAGCAACUUACUUGGAUUGUUUCAAGGGAAACCUCCUCAAACGUCUUCUCACAGGGUGUCUCCUUCAAGCCCUGCAACAGCUUACUGGUAUCAACUUUAUCUUCUACUACGGGACCCAAUUCUUCAAAAACUCUGGUUUUCACAAUUCUUUCGUCAUCAGCUUGAUAACCAAUUGUGUUAAUACUGCCUCUACAUUCCCCGGACUGUACGCUAUUGACAAGUGGGGUCGCCGUCCCGUCCUUUUCUGGGGAGCUGUAGGAAUGUGCAUCUCCCAGUUCCUAGUCGCCAUUCUGGGGACGACUACUACUAGCCAGGACGCUGCAGGAAACAUCAUUGUGCACAACCUCGCGGCGCAAAAAGCAGCUAUCGCCUUCAUCUGCAUUUACAUCUUCUUCUUCGCAGCAUCCUGGGGCCCCAUCGCAUGGGUCGUCACCGGCGAGAUCUUCCCUUUGAAAGUUCGCGCCAAGUCGUUAUCAAUGACAACAGCCUCGAACUGGCUUCUCAACUGGGCUAUCGCAUACAGUACCCCAUACCUCGUGAAUUAUGGGCCAGGCGAUGCGAACCUCCAGUCAAAAAUUUUCUUCAUCUGGGGAGGCUGUUGCUUUAUUUGCAUCGCGUUCGUGUAUUUUAUGAUCUAUGAAACCAAAGGCCUCACGUUGGAGCAAGUGGAUGAACUUUAUGCAGAGGUAAGCGAUGCAAGACAGAGCGUGGGAUGGGUUCCUACCACCACCUUCAGGGAGAUUCAAGAGGGUGAGAAGAAGGGUAUUGAACCGGCUGAAGUCGAGACGACCCAGGAUGUGUAGACUGCCGGGUUGGCGAGUACGAAUUCUUGCCUCCUGCAAGUGAGAGAAGAUAUGGGGCUAAUUCUUCUGGUGUGUGGAUGGUGAGAGGGGCGGUAACUAGAGUUUUGUGUUAUAUUACAGGAAAUGAAUCAGUAGUGUCUGAGAACUUUCCUGCCUUGCAACGUCAAUGCUACCGAAGUAAAGAAGUACCGCGAUAUAGAUCAAC